AGUCGCUUGCUGCCCAGGUGCCGAUUCGCGGCUGCAUGAGCCCCACUGCAGUAAAGAGCAACCGCAGCCUCUGCCUCGGCCACCACCGCUGCUGGGAAAGAGUCCUGGGGCUGCUGACGCGGUUGGGAGGAGCCUCGCCUUUAAUGCACCAGCCGCCUCCAGCCUCCUGCAGCAGCAGCAGCAGCAGCAGCAGCAGCUGCGAGUGCGCGCGUGUGGGUGUGAGGGCUCGGACCAUGGUGCAGUCCCACUGGCUCCCCUGCCCCCCUCUCCUGUGAGACUGGCUGCGGGGAGGGAUCAUGGAUACUUGUCUGCCGGCUUCUGGUUCCCACGCAAGUAAGCCUGCUGUCAAUGGAGGAGGACAUUGAUACCCGCAAAAUCAACAACAGUUUCCUGCGCGACCACAGCUAUGCGACCGAAGCUGACAUUAUCUCUACGGUAGAAUUCAACCACACGGGAGAAUUACUAGCGACAGGGGACAAGGGGGGUCGGGUUGUAAUAUUUCAACGAGAGCAGGAGAGUAAAAAUCAGGUUCAUCGUAGGGGUGAAUACAAUGUUUACAGCACAUUCCAGAGCCAUGAACCCGAGUUCGAUUACCUGAAGAGCUUAGAAAUAGAAGAAAAAAUCAAUAAAAUAAGAUGGCUCCCCCAGCAGAAUGCAGCUUACUUUCUUCUGUCUACUAAUGAUAAAACUGUGAAGCUGUGGAAAGUCAGCGAGCGUGAUAAGAGGCCAGAAGGCUACAAUCUGAAAGAUGAGGAGGGUCGGCUUCGGGAUCCUGCCACCAUCACAACCCUGAGGGUGCCUGUCCUGAGACCCAUGGACCUGAUGGUAGAAGCCACCCCACGAAGAGUAUUUGCCAAUGCACACACAUAUCACAUCAACUCCAUAUCCGUCAACAGCGACUAUGAAACCUACAUGUCCGCUGAUGACCUGAGGAUUAACCUAUGGAACUUUGAAAUAACCAAUCAAAGUUUUAAUAUCGUGGACAUUAAGCCAGCCAACAUGGAGGAGCUCACGGAGGUGAUCACAGCAGCCGAGUUCCACCCCCAUCAUUGCAACACCUUCGUGUACAGCAGCAGCAAAGGGACAAUCCGGCUGUGUGACAUGCGGGCAUCUGCCCUGUGUGACAGGCACACCAAAUUUUUUGAAGAGCCGGAAGAUCCAAGCAACAGAUCAUUUUUCUCUGAAAUUAUCUCUUCAAUUUCGGAUGUGAAGUUCAGCCACAGUGGGAGGUAUAUCAUGACCAGGGACUAUUUGACUGUUAAAGUCUGGGAUCUCAACAUGGAAAACCGCCCCAUCGAGACUUACCAGGUUCAUGACUACCUCCGCAGCAAGCUGUGUUCCCUCUAUGAAAAUGACUGCAUUUUUGAUAAAUUUGAGUGUGUGUGGAAUGGGUCAGACAGUGUCAUCAUGACGGGCUCCUACAACAACUUCUUUAGGAUGUUCGACAGAAACACCAAGCGUGAUGUGACCCUUGAGGCUUCGAGGGAAAACAGCAAGCCCCGGGCUAUCCUCAAACCCAGAAAAGUGUGUGUGGGGGGCAAGCGGAGAAAAGACGAGAUCAGUGUCGACAGUCUGGACUUUAGCAAAAAGAUCUUGCAUACAGCUUGGCAUCCUUCAGAAAAUAUUAUAGCAGUGGCGGCUACAAAUAACCUAUAUAUAUUCCAGGACAAGGUUAACUAGGUGGACAAGUUAUUACUUAAUAAUCUCACAUACUGAAUACUAGUCAAACAAGUUUUUAAAUGUUUCUUUGGGUCUUCAUUUGAUGCAUUGACUUUAAUUUCCCUAUGCAGGAAAUGAUUGGAAUAGAAUUAAAAGGAGUCCAACAUUCCCAGCUCCCCAGUUCUAAGAAACUUUUGUCAAACCCAAUAGGUUUGAGACACUUCUGUUUAGAAUUGAAAGCUGCCAGCUAACAGUAAUUCUUCCAUAGUUGACUUGAACUUCUGAUGCUUUUAUUGCCCAGUUUUCUCUGGUGGGUCCAGUGUUUUGUUCCUAGGUGUCUGCUGCGAUAAAAUGAGGUUGUCUGUAGUAUUUAAGGAGAAAAGAGAUAAGUUUUUUUUAAUUAAGCAAUUCCAUUUGAUUGAAAAAAACAACAACAAAAAAUAAACACCGUUUACUCUUAGACAAA